AUGUCAAAUGUCGAAGUCUUACAAACCCCGGCUGUGAUUAUUGACAAUGGAUCCGGGUCUUGCAAAGCGGGGCUUUCUGGGGAGGCGGAACCGAAAGCCAUUGUCCCGUCCGUGGUUGGUCGUUUCCAAGAGAAACCGGAGAAAAUUUAUAUUGGGGUAGGAGCCAUGGCCAAGAAAGGGGCCUUGCUGAGUUAUCCUGUGGAACGUGGGGUUAUUUCCUGCUGGGAUGAUAUGGAGAAGCUGCUGAGAUAUAUCUACAGGUACAAACUUAAAGUGAAGCCCAGCACAAGGCCCGCGUUUCUUUCAGAGCCCCCCAAGAAUCCGCUGAAGAACCGGGAAAAAAUCACAGAGCUCAUGUUUGAAAGCUUUCGAGUCCCAGCGUUGUACCUUGCGAUCCAAGCGACUCUAGCAUUGUAUGCCUCGGCUCGUACCACUGGUUUGGUGCUGGACAGUGGAGACGGAGUGACCCAUGCCGUUCCAAUUUACGACGGAUACUGCUUACCUCAUGGGGUAUCCAAACUCCCUCUGGCAGGAAGGGACGUGACGGACUACUUUGCCAAUCUCCUGAUGGAGAAGAACCCUGGUUUAGUGAGCCGGGCCAAGAAAACCAUACUGAGGCGCAUCAAAGAGAAUUUUUGCUACGUGGCUUUGGAUCCCAAACAAGAAGCUCUGAAGAAAGUGGAACAGAAGGUGAAGCUGCCCGAUGGGAAUACCAUCAAGAUCCAUCUGGAUCUCUGCCAAGCGCCAGAAAUCCUUUUCACACCCAAGACCAUCGGUGUCGAGGCACCGGGCAUCCAUACCAUGAUCACCAGGAGUAUCCACAAGUGUGACAAGGACAUUUGGGCUCCCUUAUAUGGCAACGUGGUCCUCUCAGGAGGUUCCUCUCUUUUCUGCGGUUUGGAUGAAAGAAUCUUUAAAGAGAUUGAGCCUCACGUCCCAAACGGGGUUCCCAUACGGAUCAUAACACCUCCGGAAAGGUCCUGCGCAGCUUGGGUGGGCGCAUCAGUUAUUAGUAACUUGGUAUCUUUUCAACCAAUGUGGUUUACAAAGAAGGACUACAAAGAAUUCGGGGUGGCUGCGAUACACCGGAAAUGUUUUUAG